AUGGCUGUAAGUAAUUUGUUAUAAUGCUGUAUAAAGACAGGGCGAGCAUGUCCCGUAAAGCGGUCGGCGAGCACACUUCCAACAUGAGUUAGUAUUUCCGAUCGCAACUGACAGGACGACUGGCCCGUGGCUCAAUUGGUAGAGCGUUGAGCUUUAUAACGCUUUAUAGCCGAAGAUCGCGAGUUCGAGGCUCACUCGCGGAAGGCCCCGGGUUUGGGUAAAAUUGGCCGGCGACGACUAAAACACCAGAACUGACCGCCCUGACCUCCUUUGUUUUUGUCGGUACUCGUUCCAACAGUGCAAAUGUGGCAUAUAAUGCACAGUAAUUAUAUGUACUAUGCAUACGUGAAAGUGUGUAGUACCAUAAUACAGUAUGUGUAUAGAAUUUUAGAUGUAUGUUUAUAAUUUCUAUAUUAGGUCUGAAGUAUAAGCGUUCGGCAACUCGGUAUUGUGUAUUCUUUGACGUUGCAUUCGGCUGGAACACACCUUGGGUAGGCAAAUCUACUCUUAUCCUUAGCAGUUCAGUGCUACACUCCAGAGUCGGUAGGCCUUCUUAGUCCAAUCGAUUGCGGACUAGUGGGCGCUGCUACUGCUGAGGUUGUAAAAAAGGUGGGAGAGUCGAUGUAUCGAAAAAUAUGGACAAAAAAUUUGUGGCAUUUUGCCGUUGUAGCUAAGAACUUAAUCUGUUAAGGGGCGAGCCAUGAAAGUUGCAGAUAUAUCAAGGCAGAGACCACUUGGAGGCGAACGUAACGGGGUGCGACAGAGGUGACCGACUGUUCAAGAUAUCCUGAAGGGGACCCGUAUCGCAGACCACGGAUUCCGUUGAACUAGAGGUUGGCUGUCUUGCAGGCCUGCCAGUGCCUGCCUCCCCCGGGAAUUCCCCUUUUGAGCGUCCACUUGCCCCCCAGGAGUGGCUCUCCUCUCACUAUUCAUUUAGUACUUGCAACUGCGUGCUCAACUCUCGGCUGAAAGUAUACUUUCCUGUUUUGGCAGUAUCUCCACGGACUGUUGCAUCGUUACAUUCAACGUGUGCUUGCCUGCUCGGAUACCUGGGAGGUGGACCCUGAUAAGCUGCCCGCGUCAAGCCUCUCCUCCGGCAGUCUGCUCUCAGCGGACGGCCAAGGCACGGCGCCCGCCGCGGCUGCUAUUAUCCGCGACUAUUGCGCUCACAAGACCUCGCCCAUUCGCUCCUCCUCUGCUGGCGGCGUCUCUGGCAACAACACGCUGGACACUCCGCAACACAGUCUGGCCCACCUGGCAGUCCUCAACAAUGGACGUCUCGCUCAGCCAGGCAGCCUUAUCUUCAACCAACUGAAGCUUCUACAACACCUGGAUCUUGUGUGGGAGACAGUGCGUGCCAGUCGCAAGGACUUUCCCAAGUACGGUCUCUUUCUUUUUCUUAGUCUUAGCAUUGGAGUCGCACCACCGCCGCCGCCGCCACCACCACCACCACCACCACCACCACCACCACCACCACCACCACCAACAUCAUCAGCAUCAUCUUUGACUCUAACGCUCCAGGAAGCCAGCAUCCAGACUUAUUAGACAGGACAGUCAUCUCAAGCUUCCCGUCUUUCCAGAAAUGUCGGCAUAAGGCGUUUUCGCAGACCCUAAAAGUCCUUUUAGGCAGAUCCGUCGUUAGUCUACUAGCCGGUGCGCACUUUUAAAAUACUGAAUUUCAAUUAGGGAUCCUCGUGACCGUCACCUUUCUCCGUCUGACUAGUUUCUCUGCUGAAGGUGGAUCUAAAAUAUACUUUUUUAGUAAGGUAUUUAAGUAGCUGAAUGACAGUCUGCUAUCUUUCGUCAGUCUUCUGCCACCCGGGGUAAAAGUUGUUUUAGACUGAAGAUCGAUCUAUCACCGUAACAGAUGCAUGCAAAUGUGCUCUCCAUUUUUUUAAAAAAAUGCUGCCUGUUAGCUCACACCAGUUACCAACAGAAGUCUUUUUUUCCGAGUAAUCGAGGAAAAUUGCCCGCCAAAUGCAAGGUCAGUGGUGUGUAAUUCAGACAACGACUUGACAGUUUGACAUCGUUUUUGUAUGGAAACAAAGUUAUAUCCCCUACUUGAUCCAUCAGCUCACACUGCCGUCAUCCCGCAGAGCAGUAACACGAGGGGGAUAACUGUGGAGACUGAAAUAAACACACUCCUCCCUCAUGCGAAAAAAAACCAAAACCCAGCCUUCGUAUUCUUCAGUGGAAAUUAUAUUUUGAUUAGGCGGAGUAGCGUAGAGGUCACCCGCUGCCUCCUGUUGUUUCUCCCUCCAACAGAGGAGAAGGAGGGCAGGAGACAGAAAUAGAUCUGCCAGAUUUAUUGGCGGACAAAGUGCUAUCGGGUUUCUUCUUGAAGGGAGAUCCACAAAGAGCUCCAUUUUGGACCAUAUGUGCUCCUGCCGACGUCAGUGGCACGGUGAAGGGUUUGCCGUAGCUACUACCUUUGCAGGGGAUGGCUUCGCCCAACGCACCCGCUACGUCCUUCUCUCCCGGCGCAGUUUAUUCUCUCCGGAUACACAGGGAUUUGGUCUGGGCUUGUUGCGCCUGACCAACGCCCUAGCAACCGAAUGCGUUACUUACACUUGCCUCUUUCUAGCCCCCCCCCUCCCGACCUUGCCUGGAACGGUACAACCUAUUAAGCCCGGUAUUAACUGGCGGUAUUCAAUCGGGAGGAAAGUACUAUGUGGACUACCUGGCAGUAAUAUCCUUUAAUCUGCCAUGGAUACAGGAAGUCCAUUAAGGACAUAUUCUGUUUUACCUAGGACCUCCGGGUGGGGAACCCUCACAGACAGAGGAGAAGCGCUGUCUCGCAAAAACCACCUGGGAUACUGCAACACUUUGCUCUCGCUAUUCGAAGAAGACGUAAAUAGUUGGGGGCGAGUAGACCUUACACUAUGGUUCUCUGGGUGCUGCCUGUCGCCGCAUGGCAUAUAAAACACCUAGAGGGAACAGACUGGCAUUUGAAACUCGGCCAUUCUCGAUUAUAAGGGGAAGGGGACUUGUAAACUAGCACAGAUUAGAAGACGAGGUGGCGAGCAGACAUAACUUUCGAUAAAUUUUCGUCGGGCCAGUACAGUUAUAUGGGAGCGGGGUACAAGUAAAACAUGUCAGCGAUAAGAGAAAUCGAUAAAAGUUCUUAAAACCCGGGGGGGGGUGUAAUAGCAGUUAGUGUCAGGGGCUACGUACGUUCGCCACCUCGUCUUCUGAUUACUGCUAUGAGAAUUUUCGUAACUCUAAAACUAGCACCGACUUCAAAAUGGAAAAUGCUCAUGAGUGGAAGCCAUAGCUGUCACGUCAGUAGCAGGUUUGCACUGCUCCACUUUCAGCACUGCAUGGCCUCGGUCUGGAAUAACAGGCGAAUACUGCGUUGCAUUUCGUUAACCGUUUGGUAUCCUGCCCCCAAAUGUCAUGAUAUCCAAAGAGGUAGAAGCCUGGUAGAUCGCUGCUAUCCCAGCGUCGACUAGAUUUUUAACACUCAAGGCGCACUGAGUAUUCUUGUUCGGACUGAACAGUUAUGCAAGGUGGUGGUUGCUGGUCCUCUUGCGUCCCAUCUACCUGCGCGGAUGCUUACGACCUCCUGGCUGCUGGUUGAAAUGGCUCGUCUAGGCUACGUCUACUUCGGUGGAAUCCAGUAGGCCAACAUUUUGGGGAUCUGUUGAUUAUUAUUUCGUUGCUACUCUCGAUUUCCCGGGUCAGUUGGCUAAGUGGGGAUUUACCAACUGCUACUUUUCGCCGCCUUCCGUCAGGCCUUUCUGACACAGGAAUCACCAUAAGCUAACGCCGAUUUCCGGGGCCUCUGGCGUUUUUUUGCUGGAGUGCUUUCGACUAGCGAUUUCUUUGUGGCGUUAGGCAUCAUGCCUUAUUAGCAUUCUUCAAUCUGCUCCAAAUGAGAGCAGUUGUCUGACGUUUGCUCACGCAUUCUACUAAUGUGGCAUCCCGAGCCCGUGAUCGGCUGCACGGGUUCACCUCCCCGUGCAUCCAUGUACUACCCGUGACUGCAAAGAUGGGCCGAUUGUGCUCGUCAGGACCCGCCUGCCGGUCAGGCGGCCAACCGGAACGUGACCGCUGAACUCGGUGGUUGCGUGGCGACGCGGGUGAGAGAAGGGGGCGCUAGUUGCUAGACGCCGUCAGUUUAGGACGACUAGUUUAUGCUGCCAGAGGCUUGCUGCGGACGUGUCUCUUUGUUCAUCACUGUGACUGAUUCUUUGGAAAUUGCAUUAUCCGACAGUUCUUCCACCGUGUGUGCCUCACAUGGUCGACGCGGAACGGUGACUUGAGCGUGGAUUGGUUCACAACGAGACAUACUUGCGCUGCCUCUGCCACACUAUCCUCCUCCUCCUCCUCCUCCCCCUCCUCCUCCUCCUCCUCCUCACCCACCUGCCCCGCAUCGCCAUGACAGUGUCAAGACGACGCGAGGCGGGCCCGGGCGCAGUCCGCCUACGCGUACCUCGCAUUACAUGAUCCGCAUUGCAUGUACCAGGCACCUUUGAAGGUGACGCGGAUCUCACAUGCGCGAGAGUGCCAUAGAGGCUGCAUUUAGAAGAGCCAUUCACUCUUGCCCAAGUCCUGAGAAGGACGGACCAAGUUAUCUUGCCAGUUGACAGCCUUCCUAGCUACAACCCUGAGCGCGUCAGAUUUAUUGUAUUGAGGAAUGCCCUGAUUUGUCGUGGGGGGGGGGGGGUCGGAUUCCCCGAUGUGGACCUCACUCUUCCUUCUCCCAUGCACCAGUCGACUGUCCGAACCUGUCAACCAGCUGGUUUUAAAGUUGGACGCGAUAGCUAACGCGGGGUGAAAGCCUACGUCGAGGCGUGCUGCCAUACACCAUGUACAGCCGUAGUUGUUUGGCUCGCACAGACCAUGCGCAGCCGGCUUAACACAUGCCGUGAGCCAAUCUGACUCCCUUCUGGUCCAGCACAUCUACAACGCAGCCCGUUGUGGGUGCCACCCCAUGACCCGAGCGCUCAUACACACACCACGACUCUUCAUAUUGUCGUUGACGGGAGAGGAGUCACUUUCGAGCCAGGCUUGUUAAAGGGUUCUGCCUCAAUCUGUGCUUUUCUUCCCUCUACAGGCAACUGCUGCAUGUCUUCUCAGCCUUCCGGGCGGCGCUGCAGCCGAGUCGGGGCGCAGAGUUCUGCGACAAGCUGGUCUCUGCCUGCAUCUUCCUACGCUUCAUCUGCCCGGCCAUCCUGACACCGUCACUCUUCGGCCUGGCCAGCACCUUCCCCGGCGAAUCUAACUGUCAACGCAACCUCACGCUGGUGGCCAAGUCCCUCCAGUCGCUCGCUAACCUAGCCACGUUUGGCGACAAGGUAAGCAGUCAGUGCUGUCCUGUUUAUGGCGGCGCCAGCGGUGGCGGUUGGCCACAUCGGGGGGCCACUUUCCCCGGGCAGUUUUCCUCAAAGGCCGUCGCUGUCGUCGUCCCCCCUCCCUUCCCCUAA